AUGGCCACUGACGCUGGGCUGCGCCUGAGUGCUGUUCUCUUAACCACAGCCAACAUACUAUUACCGCUGGCCAUUGUUACCUUCGGAAUCGGAUUCUUCCCUUAUAAGCCGUUUCUUCCCGGCCUUGCCGAAUAUGAGCCAUUGGAAUUCGGCGAGCCACCAAGCGCGCCCUUUGAUAAGUUGGUGUUUAUGGUGGUUGAUGCGCUUCGGAGUCUGAUUCGAAAUGGCGUGGCCCUGCCGUUUACUGCCAAUGCGCGUUCGCCAACGGUGACCAUGCCGAGACUCAAGGCCAUCACCACUGGGUCAAUUCCGUCAUUUGUUGAUCUAAUUCUCAACUUUGAUGAGGCUGACACGUCAUCUACCCUCGCCGCCCAAGACACCUGGCUUGCCCAAAUCCGGGCCGCUGGGAAGGGCAAGCUGUUGAUGUUUGGCGAUGAUACUUGGCUCAAGUUGUUUCCUGAUACCUUUGACCACUAUGACGGCACGUCGAGCUUUUUCGUCUCGGACUUCACAGAGGUAGAUAAUAACGUCACCAGAAACAUUGCCCGUGAGCUGGAGAACACGGACUGGGGCCUUAUGGUACUGCAUUACUUGGGCCUGGAUCAUAUCGGCCACAAGUCCGGACCGCGAAGUAGCAACAUGCUUCCCAAACAACGCGAAAUGGAUGGCAUUGUAAAAUUCAUUUACCAGGCUCUAGAGUCCAAAGACCACUUAAAAUCAACCCUGUUCGUACUCUGUGGUGACCAUGGCAUGAAUGACGCUGGGAACCAUGGCGCCUCAUCUCCCGGCGAGACCUCCCCAGCUCUUGUGUUCAUGUCUCCAAAGUUCAGAGACGUUGUGCCCAAAUUAUCGGCCCCAAUGCAACCCAAGGACGAGUUUGACUACUACACCAGGGUAGAACAGUCUGACAUCACCCCGACAAUCGCUGCGUUGCUCGGCUUUCCAAUCUCCAAAAACAAUCUCGGUGCAUUUAUUCCCCAAUUUUUGCCGUUUUGGCCAGAACCAAAGGACCAAAUACAGAUUCUGACCCGAAAUGCGAAGCAAAUACUAGGCGUCGUGACAGCUGUUUUUGGUGUGGAGCUGUUUGAUCCGCAUACAAAUACCAGUCUUUGUUCCUUCGAACCCACGGCCAUCAACACCUUGGCAUGUGAUUGGCACCGGCUUUAUAAAGAAGCCGGCUUCUUGCUUGGGUCUUCCGAAUUGGAUUCGGUUUGGCUUUCUGGCAUGGCCGCUUGGCUUCGCAAAGCUCAGGACCUGAUGAGCAGCAUGGCCUCAAACUAUAAUAUCCCCAAACUACUCUUGGGCCAGACGCUUGCUCUGCUAGCUGUCGCAUGCAACGUCUUGGCAAUAACGCUGCUGGGCACUACCGGUCUAGGAAACAUCUUGCCACUAGUUGUUAUUACUGUAUCGUACGGCGGGAUGAUGUUUGCAAGCAGCUAUGUUGAGGAGGAGCAGCAUUUUUGGUACUGGUCUUCUACCAUUUGGAUCGGGCUUCUUGGCCUCAAAGCCAUUCGAAGAACUCAAGCUGCUUCCGGCAGCCUAAGGUAUUUGCUGGCAUUGAGCGUCAUUCGAUUGGUAAGGAGCUGGAACCGAACCGGGCAGAAAUUUGCGGGAGAAGCAGAUGUCGUCAAACUAUUUAUUUCGCCCAAUCCACCGCUCCUGUGGACUUUGAUUAUUGCCUCGUACCUUACGGCAUCUCUCCAGCUCAUGUCCAGCAUUCACGACUUGCCAUACGUUGCAAUAACAUCAGCCACAUCCGUGCUGGUCUCUUCAGCCUUCACCUUCAAACUUGCUUUUACUGCCGAGGAUUCGCCUGAACUCGUCACAUCCUUUGCUAAGAAAAUGAAUGAUGCGUUUCAUGAGCAGUCUUUGCUGUCGAGAGCGAGGGUCGUCUUUUCCAUUCUCUUGCUCCUGUCCAGUUUUGCCGUCUACCAGGCUCGAAAAGGGGGGUCGAGAGCCACAUCAUCCGCCAAGCUGAUACAUCACAUCUACGCCUUCCUGGCAAUGACGCAAUCACGAGCGACAAAUAUCCCGCUUCUCCUCCUCUCAAGCGUGCUUCUACACUUAGUAGACAUAAGUGAACUGACAGUAGCCGAAAUUACCACCACGUCCAUACUGUUCCAGUACGCAUCCUUCUUCUCCUUCGGUGGAUCAAACGCCAUCUCCUCCAUCGAUUUAUCGAGCGCCUACAACGGCAUCAGUGGCUUUAAUAUCGCCACUGUCGGCGUCCUCACAUUUAUCAGCAACUGGGCAGGCCCCAUCUUCUGGGUCGUAGCGACCAACCUGCUACUCUUGGAAAAGCACAGACAGGGCCAGCAAUACGUCUUCCGUCGUCACUUGGCGCUCUUGACCCUAUUUUCGACGACAAGUGUUGCCUUUGUCAUGGCAGCUUGUACGGUCUUGCGAACUCAUCUCUUCAUUUGGACUGUUUUCUCACCCAAAUACCUGCAUUGUAUGGCGUGGAAUUUGGCGCAGCAUUUGGUCAUAAAUGUUGGCUUGGGAAGCGUUCUCUUUUCUCUCGGUGCCAGCUAG